CACAGUACCGCGAGAUCAAACUUUCUCAAUACGUGCUCUAAUCGCUCACGCGAUACUUCAACGUGACAUGCUUUCGGCCUUCCUAUCAACGACACUUUUACUACGCAAGUCAGCAGCAGUGGAUUCGUUUCCCCGGAAAUGCAGACACGUGAUAAUGACAUCACCGCUGUUAGCCCCAAUUUCCCGCGAAACAGACUACACGCGCCCAUUAAAGGAGGAAAGUCAUUGCAUGUCACUGCAGUCGCUAUGAUGCUGGGUAUACCAAGGCAGAAAAAACGAAAAAGACCUCAACAGGAUGCUGAGCAUCACAUUACUUGUAAAACAGACAAGCCUGAGCUUUAUGAGCAAGUUAUCAGCAAAUAUAAAGGACGUGGAGUUUUCACCACUGAAGCAUUUUUUAGAGGUGAUUUUGUCCUUGAAUACAGAGGUGAACUUCUGACUUCAGAGGAGAGCCUUGAUCGAUCUAAACUCUACAAUGACGUUGAGAACACAUUCUUGUUUGAUUUUCAGUGGCAUGGCAAAAAUUGGUGCAUGGAUGCAUCCAAGGAAGAUGGGUCCUUGGGAAGACUUGUAAAUGAUGAGCACAGAAAUCCUACAUGCAAAAUAAGAACUGUUGAAGUGAACAAAAAACCUCAUCUGUGUCUUUUUGCUGUACGAGAUAUUCAACCAGGAGAAGAAAUCACUUACAGUUAUGGAGAUUCAGAUUGGCCUUGGCGAGCUAAGGUAUCAUCAACAGAAUCCAGUGAUAAAAGUCCAGUCAGCAGUUUGGAUUUGCAGAAAUUGUUCCAUCAGGCUCCUCCUGUUUCCUCAUCUGCCCUGUAUAAGGUGUACAUCAAUGAACCACAUAAGCAAGUUGAGCCACAACAGUCAGGCAAAGCAAGAACAUCAGAGGAUAAAAUGAAACUCAAAGAUUGCCAUGAGCGCUUUAACAGAGCACAAAUUAAAACGAAAAAGACUGCCAUAGAGCAAUCACAAGAAUAUUUCAUGCCCUCAUCACCUGUGAAGACCACAUCCUCGUCCUCUUCUCCUGUGCAGCCCUCAUCACCUGUGAAGACCACAUCAUCGUCCUCUUCUCCUGUGCAGCCCUCAUCACCUGUGAAGACCACAUCAUCUUCCUCUGCCUUUGUGCAGCCCUCAUCACCUGUGAUGACCACAUCAUCGUCCUCUUCUCCUGUGCAGCCCUCAUCACCUGUGAAGACCACAUCAUCGUCCUCUUCUCCUGUGCAGCCCUCAUCACCUGUGAAGACCACAUCAUCGUCCUCUUCUCCUGUGCAGCCCUCAUCACCUGUGAAGACCACAUCAUCUUCCUCUGCCUUUGUGCAGCCCUCAUCACCUGUGAUGACCACAUCAUCGUCCUCUUCUCCUGUGCAGCCCUCAUCACCUGUGAAGACCACAUCAUCGUCCUCUUCUCCUGUGCAGCCCUCUACACCCUUGCCCUGUGCUGCUUCCACCCCUGUGAUUUCCUCAUCAAAGGUGUCUGAGACACUGUCUUUAAUGGAGAUGCACUCAUUAAGGCAAUCAAGAAAAAGACAGUAUUCUGGGAGUGCCUACAGUGAUUCAGAUGUUACGGAUUACAGUGAUGUUGACUACAUACCCCAGUUCAGCUCAGAUGAAUCAGAUGGAAGUGCUUCUGGACAAAGCAAGGCUGAAAGGAGUUCAGAUGGAUCAAACAAUAAGUCUGAAUGUAGUGAUCCUAGACCCAACAAACGUUUAAGACAUACUAAAUCACCCCUUUCAAAAAGGAAAGCUGAAGAGGCAGGUAUUUCAUCUGCCAAUUGUAUGACAGCAAUGUCAUCAAAAAGGAUGAAAUGCCAAACUGAAGAGACCGAAACCUCCUCUGACAAAAAGACUUUG